AAUGGAAUGGCAUUCUGGAAUUCUUUUUUCUUUUGGCGAACAAUUUUAGGGAAAGCUAUUGGCAACAUGCAACACUUGAAGCUGUUAGCGCGGUCGCCAGGAAAACUAAAUAAUUAUAAUGUGUCUAAGGUCAUCGACAUAGUUUUCGUGACAAAUAAACACUUGGUAAUUAUUUGAAAAGCAAUGACAAUUAAUGACUACACCUAGUUGCCAUUCCAAAACCAGCAUGGAACUCAAUACAACUGUAAACUAUACUUUGUUAUUUUGUGAUUGCUAUUUUUAUGCAAAUAUUUAUGUAGAGACAUGAAGUGUUCCGCGAGUAUCGCGGGCGCGGACAGUACGCAGUAAGAACGUUUUUGAUUUUGAAAGUGUAAGAUAGAGAGUUUAUGAUAGCACGUUUUGAGUUAUUUCUAUUCGCGAAAGGUGAAUAACUUUGAAUCUAGCGCGUAGCGCUGAAUUGAGUUAGAUCAAAUAAAACAUUCAAAAGUUAAGAGUUUCAGAGUCGUAGUUAAAGUCUACAUCAUUCAAAGUUAUUAUACGAUAGAGCGAAGACGAAGUUGUUUCGAAUAGAAAGGAUUGCGAAAGAAGAAGAUUGCAGUAUUUGUGAACGAAAGGUGUUCAAGGUGCUACAGUAUAUGAGUAUAUCUAAUGAUUACAAAGCUAAAAGAUAUGAAUUAUUCACGAAUUUUCACGAGUUAAAUUCGAAAGUCAGGAUUGAACUGUUACUAUGGCAACAAGCGAAAAGAGUGUUCAGGAAAUUCAAGUGGAAGCACGAUUAAGCGAGGGACAGUCAGAGGGUGGUGGAGAAAGGCCAGUAACUGCCACCGACGUAGAGCAAGAAAGGAAUAAAUCGCUGGAAGAAUUUAAGAAGGAACUAAGUGUAAUACAACAACUCACGAGAGAUCUUAAGACAGAAUCAAGGCAAGUAGAAGCAAGCAAGGCCAAAUACGAAGAUGCAUUUCAUAAAUUCGUCAUUAGUCACGAGCGGUAUAUGGAACAAGAGAGUGAUCAAGGGAAACGAAACUUGAUGACGGAUAGUUACAACAACCAGAGAGACCUCAAGCUGCAAAUAGACUGUGUAAUUAGCAUGUGGGAGAUAAAUAAAGAACGGUUUGCAGCACCACCUUCUGAAUUCAAUCUCAGUGUAGCCUCUCGGAUGAGUAGAAGGAGCAAAGCAUCAUCAAGCCGAAGUAGUGCGAAGGAAAGGAGAAAGGCGAUAGAAGAGGUAAAACUGAAGAUGGAAGCCAUGAAGAAAAAACACGAGUUGGAACGUCAACUCGAAGUGACAGAACAGGCUAAGGUUGAGCUAAAUAGGAAGCUAAAUUUGCUCGCUGCAGAGACAGAACUCAAGCAAGCAGAGAUGGACUUCGUGAUUGAUCAGGUACCUGAAGAGGAAGGAAUGGACGGAAUGAAUGCAUACCUCCAAGAUCACCAGAUGAAGAAAAACGUAACUAGAUCAGAAGUGCUUCCACAAGAUGAAAAUAAUCCCGCCCAAGAAAAUCCAGUUGCUCUUGACCCAUCUACGAAAGAAUUCAUACCCCGACCUCAGCCACAGGAAAUCGAGGCAUGGAAUUCUAUUGCACAGGCAAUAAGAGAGGGACCCUCUCUCCCAAAAAUUGAGCUUUUAAAGUUUAGCGGUGACCCAUUGGAAUAUGCGGAGUUCACAUCAAACUUCAAAGACAACAUUGAAGCCCAGGUUCUCGACGAAGGACAAAGAUUCACUCGUCUAUUGGCACAAUGUGUCGGCAAAGCUAGAGAGGCGAUUCGCAGUUGUGUGAAUCUUGAAGCUGGUACAAGGUACAAAGAAGCUAAAGAGUGCCUUCUGCGCAACUUUGGCAAGUCUCACAUGAUCGUUGAAGCCCACCUAGAGAAGAUAAAAGGACUGCAAAUUAGGAAAGCUGAUGCAAGCGCAUUAAUGGAAUUUGUUCGUCACUUGGAAGAUAGCGAGAGAACUCUGAAGAGCAUGGGUUCCAAUUACUCUAACAGGCUCGAUAACGAGGACAUCAUUAUCAUGUUGAUGAGGAAAUUACCGGAGGAGAACUUGAAGAGAAAAUGGGCUGACAAAGCAGGAGACCUGAUCCAAACAAAGGGCAUCGCACAAUUAUUUUAAUGACUUUGUUCAAUUCCUGAAG